AACCUUGGCUGGUCGGCUUCGUUCCUGGGUUGUGCAACGGCAUACCGGUAUACCCUUUCCACUCCUUCUCACAACCUCCCUUCUUUCACUCCUUUAACCCUUUUUCACUCUUUUACCACCACCAACCCCACCUAGUCACUCUUUUGUUUAGGCACUUGCGGAUAACCAUCCGAUAAUGAACCGUUUUUUUUCCCUUCCCGCCAUCCUUUCACCCAAAAUGUUGAAUUCGCUGGCACUCUUAUCCCUUUUUGCCCUGGAGGUGAGCGCUUUCUGGCGACUGCCAUGCCGUCAAAGUUUGACCGUCGAGCGGAUCGAUCCGCUUACGAGCUUUGGCCUGGCCGGGGAGCAUGUGCAUACAAUUCAUGGAGGGAAUAGUAAGUGAAACCGGCGAUCGGGAUUUGUUUUGGUCUGUGUAUUAUUGACUCCUUUGGAAAAGAGUUUAGUCAGUCGUCGCUCGAAGAGGAUUUACUUAAGAGUACCUGUUCGUCUUGUCAAGUGAAACAGGAUAGAUCAGCGUACUGGACUCCGGUCUUGUAUUUUCAGGAUGAGGCUGGCAACUUCAACAUCGUUAAUCAGACUGGUGGCAUGCUUGUGUAAGUUUUCACGGUAUUCCGCAAUGUCAAUAUUUCAGGCAUCAUACUAAUACAACGGUUCCGAAAAAUGAAUAGGUACUACCUCCCCCGCGGUGAAAACGUCAAAGCUUUCCCCGACGGCUUCCGUAUAAUUGCCGGUGACCCAACACUCCGAAACUUUCCCUACAAGGAUGUUGAAAAGUCUCUUUGGACCGCCCAGGACAUGACAGAGGACGCACUCCGCCAGAAAGCUAUCGGGUUUAAUUGUCUCAACUAUCACCUACCCGCCCAGGCAGCGCUGGGGAUGAAGACCAUCCCCGAAAACCUCUCGUGCAGGGACGGCCUCCGUGCAGAGGUAUUCUUCCCCUCCUGCUGGAACGGAAAGGACCUCGACUCCCCCGAUCACCGUGACCAUAUGCGUUACCCAUCUCUCAUGGACGACGGCGAUUGCCCAAAGGGAUUCGGGACCAGACUGGUAUCAUUGUUUUUCGAGACUAUCUGGGAUGUGGACAAGUUUGGCGGACAGAAGGGGCGUUUUGUAUUCUCCACCGGAGACCCGACAGGAUCUGGGUAUCAUGGGGAUUUCAUGAAUGCUUGGGAUAGGAAGGUUCUCCAGGAGGCAAUCGAUGUGUGCACGUCCCCAUCUGGCGUGAUCGAUGAGUGCAAAGUUUUCGACUUGUACACUGAGGGCGAGAUGCAACAAUGCACUAUCAAGCGCACCAUUAAGGAGGAUGUAUUCGGUCCAUUGAAGAAACUGCCGGGGUGUAACCCCGUGACCAAGGGCCCAGAGUCGGCAACGAAGGAUGGGUGCCCGGGUGAAGGACCCAAAAACGGGAAUCAGAUCCCAUAUCCGUCCAAACCCAAGGACACUGAGGGGGGGGGACCCCCGGAGCUCCCUUCAAUUUCCCCAUCUUCCCCUCCCGCAAAGACGUCGAAAGCCCCAGUCUCUCCCGCGCCACAAGACAAUCCCAAAAAGCAUGAUGUCGGAAUUGCAGCCACCACUUCUGACCCAUACCUUGUCAUUGUCACCGUCACCGAGACGGUCACCCCAUUCGCAACGACAGUCACAGUCCCCGGCCAGGGAACCCCUACCCCAAAGCAGAUGAAGCGCGGUCUUCACAACCACCGCAGGUUUGGGGGAGGGCAUCACAAGCACUAAAUUCUCUCUACGUGCAUACAACCUCAAUUUAAUUCGCAGGCUAUGCAUGUACUUUUUUCUCUUUUUUCUACAGAUACGAGGAGUGGGUGGGAAUGGGUGUGUAUUGAUACAAUUUUCGUAGAUACUUAAACCCAAUGAACAGCUUUUUCUCCUUGAGAUGUACAAACAGUUUUUCCUUUUGGGAUUUAGCACGUCCCUUCGACGCUAUGAUACUUUCUAAUGGGUUGGAUGGCUGUGUGAGCAUGGGGUUUCUAACAAGCUUUGCAACAUUCUGUUCCUAGAAACUAUCUAUUUAAUACUUGCCGUUGAAGCUUUUUUCUUAUUUUUUUUCCUUUUGUCUAAUAAGAUACGGCCUGUACUAUACAGUACCAGAUUCAAACUAUUCAAACAUGUAGUAUCACUCG